AUAUGGUUAAUUUGAAAGCUAUUCUACUUAUAUAUCAUCUUCUUUCUUUCCCUUCUCCUUCUCACUUGGCUUGACCAAAGCAAAGAAAAAGCAGUCUCAAUACCCCCAUUUUCAAUUCCUUUUCUGCUUGAAAUAUUAUCAAACUAACCUCAUGCUAAAAUGGCUUCUAAAGCAUUAGGCCUUCUUGUCUGUGCUCUCAUUUUGGCACUGGAUAUUGUAGCGGGAAUUCUUGGGAUUAAGGCAGAAGCAGAACAAGAUAAGGAGAAGCAUUUAAGGUUAUGGUUGUUUGAGUGUAAAGAGCCGAGCCACGAAGCAUUUAUGCUCGGUGCAGCGGCAAUUGGGAUACUGGUGAUAGCUCAUUUGGUUGCCAACCUUCUUGGAGGCUGCAGUGUUUGCGCCACGGAUGAAAUUAAGAAUGCCUCCACUCGCAAGCAAAUCGCUAUUGCAUUUCUUGCCUUCACUUGGAUCAUAUUUGCAGUGGGAUUGGGGACACUUGUGAUUGGGACAAUGGCAAACAGAAAGUCUCGAGCAUCGUGUGGGAUGUCUCACCACAACUUUCUGUCGAUUGGAGGAAUUGCUUCCUUUGUUCAUGGGGCCUUUGCACUUGGAUACUAUGUCACUGCAACCAUGGCUACCUAAUCCUUAAUUCAUAUAUAAUGCAUCAUAAUCUACCUUUUGUUCCUUAAAUCCAUCUAAUGUUAAGUUAGUCCUAGGCUAAUGUUUUUAACCUCUUCUGUUUAACGGUUCUGUCGUCCCACUUUCCUUGUCUCAUUUACUAUUUUAUUGGUAAAAGUGAUUAUGUUGUUGCUUAAAGUUUGA